AUGGCGCAUCUGAAUUAUGCCGCAACACAAGAAGGUGCAACGGAUACCGACGCCACUCUAGUGCCCUGGGAGACUAUCCAUGAUCAAUUCUUUGGUUCUACUCACCCUGCGUCGGAUUUAAUGGCGUCACCACAGAUCACCUCGCUGCUCUCAGCUUGCUCCUACCCUGUGCCCGAGGCUGCUGAUUCGUUACAUGAAGACCAUACCCAGCCAACCUUAUUCGGUGGCAUCACGUCCGACCAUGUGUUUGAGAUCGAUAGUACUUCAAGCACAGUCGACAGUCAGCAGACGCUUGCAGAUCAUGUUGUAGCAGAGCGUCCCAAGCGCCAACGCGCUGGGGCUGAGAAGCCUACAUCAGGGGCAAGUACGACGGCCAAACGAGGUCGGCCUCGAAAGGUGCUCGAUGAAUCCCUCGCAGAAGAUCCUGAAGAGAGGCGACGGCGGCAGAUUCGCCUUGCGCAGCGCGCCUAUCGCUCGCGGAAGGAAGCGAACAUGUCCUCCCUUAAGAGUCGCAUCGGAGAAUUAGAGUCCGUAGUCGAGCAGAUGAGCUCGGCUGUACUUUCGCUCAGCGACCAGCUCGUUCAGUCUGGGGUUCUAGAGUCGAACCCUCACCUGGCGGAGCAUCUGCACCAUACUGUGCAGACGUGUCUUAAUCUGGCGAAAGAUGCCAACAAGGACGGAGCAGACUCGACAGCCCUGGUGCCUUCGUCAGCAUCCUCGAGAACCAGUUCUCAAUUCUCUAUGCCUAUAGACUUUGGGAAGACCUACCCUCCUGUUCUACCCAUCUUCCAAUCUGAAAAGCAGGUAACGCCAUUCAGACCGGCUCUGAGGCCUCCUCCCCGGCAGCUGGUGCUCCCGGAUAUCCAGGAGAUGGAACUGUCUGUAUUCAUGAGCCGAUUGCACAUGUCGUGCAUCUAUCACGGUUGUCUUGCCUUGUGCGAUGACAACAUCAGCACAGAGCGCAUAAUGAGACACUUCUGCUUGCCGCUUACCAUUGUGGAUCGGAAGACCCUAACGGGGCUGUUCUACGCCGCGCUUAACACGAAGGACGGAAAGAAACGCUACGAAGACUGGAAGGACAUCCCUUUCUUCAGCCUGGGCGGAGCAGGCACCCAUUACCCGUGGACUGCCGCCAAGGCUGGAUUGGCAAGUUACCUACAUCGGCCUGGUGUUCGAUGGGUGGUUCUGCCGGAGCCUCUGCUAGAGUUCCCACCGCAACUACAGAAAGUCCUCGCUGGCGAUUGGUUUGACAUGGGUGACUUGGAGGGUUAUCUUCGUGAACAAGGCGUUCGCCUGUUCGCACAUGCGCCGCCAGAAGUUGAAAAGGAUUCUCACCAGCCUGCUCCUGCGGUGAAUGCGAAGCGGCUGAUUAAAAUUUUGUCGGGGUGUGGUAUUUGUCUUGGAUGGACACCCGGUUUCCGCCGUCGCGAUGUGGAAAAGGCUCUCAGAGAGUGUACUGGGGGCUGA